GCUGCAGAUGAUCAGAGAGCAGGGGCUGCAGAUGAUCAGAGGGUGGAGGCUGCAGAUGAUCAGAGAGCAGGGGCUGCAGAUGAUCAGGUGGCUGAGGCGGCAGAUAAUCAGAGGAUACAGGCUGUAGAAAAUCAGAGGGCAGAGGUUGAGGAUAAUCCAGGGGCAGAAGCCAUAGCUGUCCAGAGGGCAGAGGCUGCAAAUAAUCAGAGGGAAGGGGCUGCAGAUAAUCAAAGGGCAGAGGCCCAAGCUGUCCAGGGGGCUGAGGCUGCAUCUGAUGGGGCAGAAGCCACAGCUGACCAGAGGGCAGAAGCUGUACAGAACCAAAGGGCUGAAGCCCCAGCUGCUCGGGGGGCCAUAGGGACAACUCAGGGAGCUAAGCCCCGGAAACAGGUCAAGACAGUGAGGUUCCAGACUCCUGGCCGUUUUUCAUGGUUUCGCAAGCGCCGGAGAGCCUUCUGGCACACUCCCCGGUUGCCAACCCUGCCCAAGAGAGUUCCCAGGGCAGGCGAGGCCAGGAGCCUUAGGGUGUUGAGGGCAGAGGCCAGAGCAGAAGCAGAGCAGGGAGAAUGGGAAGACCAGUUGUGA